CAGUGUGAACUUUCAGUGCAGCUGCCUGGGAAGGCUGCACAUGACGAGGGGACAAGUAGCCGAAACACGACGACUUCAGAAGUGUAAACCCACCGUAAAUGGGUUUAUCAGCUCAUCAGCCGUUACUUUCGUCACUCCCAUUUACCUCGACCGAUUUUUUGUGGAUGGAUUAUUCUUAUUCAAGUCUCACCGAGAAGCCUUACAACGCCCAGUCAACAGCGGCAGCCAUAGCUCCGUCAUUGACGCUGGAGAGUACUGUAACCUGCCCCUGCAAUGGCAGUCUUUAGUCACCAGGUGCUCCUUGCAGUCACAAGAUCACGGGGAUCCUAUUUGUUAACCAAGAGGAACAGCUGCUCCUCUCUGUCUUCCAAAGCCUAUCUCCACGUAGACCCUCCUCGCCAGGUCUCGUCCCCGCUCACACUCAGGCACUCCCGCUACGGCUCCCCCCACUCUUACCGAGGCCACGCCAUCGGCCGCGGCCACAACUCGGCCCUGCUCGCCCGCUCUCUGCACAGCUCGGGCGUUUGGCUCCAAGAAAUAAAGCAGGAGGACACUAAAACUUCACCAGCCGCCGCCCAGGAUGCUUCGCCGGAAGCUAAAAAGUCCCAGCCUCCGUCGGCAGCCACUCCGACGUCCGCCAGCACCGCCACAACGGCCGCCGUCCCUCCGGUGCAGGAGAGGGCAGUCGUGAAAAAGUCUCUGUAUCAGAAGAUUGUGGAUGAGUUGAAGCACUACUACAACGGCUUCCGGUUGCUCGGCAUCGACAUCACGAUCGCGGGCAGGAUGGUGUGGAGGCUGCUGCACGGACAACUGCUCACACGCAGGGAGAGGAGAAGGCUGUUGCGGACCUGCGCUGACCUGUUCCGCCUGGUGCCCUUCACGUUGUUCAUCAUCGUUCCUUUCAUGGAGUUCCUCCUUCCCGUCUUCCUCAAGCUCUUCCCGGAGAUGUUGCCCUCCACCUUCGAGACAGAGUCCAAAAAGGAGGAGAAGCAGAAGAAAGGUCUGGCGGCGAAGCUGGAGCUGGCCAAGUUCCUCCAAGAGACCAUCGCUGAGAUGGCUCGCCGGAAUAAAGCCAAAGCUGAAACGGAAGAUGAGACGCAGCGCUUCUCCACAUACAUUCAGAAGGUCCGGGGCACAGGCGAGCAGCCCACCACGAAGGACAUCGUCCGGUUUUCGAAGCUGUUCGAGGACGAGCUGACGCUGGAGCACCUGGAGCGCCCCCAGCUGGUGGCUCUGUGUAAACUGCUGGAGCUGCAGCCCAUCGGCACAAACAACUUGCUGCGUUUCCAGCUGAUGAUGCAGCUCCGAACCAUCAAGUCAGACGAUGAGAUGAUUGCAGCGGAGGGUGUGGCAGCUAUGAGUGUGUCAGAAUUACAGGCCGCAUGCCGCAGUCGAGGGAUGAGGUCUCUGGGUCUCACCACCGAGCAGCUCCAUCAGCAGAUCCAGCAGUGGCUGGACCUGCACCUGAAGGAGAACGUUCCUCCGUCGCUGCUGCUGCUCUCCAGAGCCAUGUACCUGACGGACGUCAAACCGAAACCUCCAGUCAUCCCGCCUGUUCCCAAGCUAGAGAAAUCUACUCCCCCUCCAGCGGAGAACACGGGAGCAAACACCACCUCAGUUAGCGCGGACAUGUUGGCGGACCCUGCUCUCAUCAUCAAAGACAGACCGGUGGAGGAGAUGAGAGACAAGGCUCCGAUUGUGUCGGACAAACCUCUGAGUCCUGCUGAAGUCCUUCAGGCUAAAGCAGCAACAGAGGUGUCCCAGAAGAGCAAGAUGAGUGCCAACGGUGUGUAAAGUGGAGCGGGAGACUCUGGACUGGAGAGAGGAGUGACUCAGCUCUGUGUCCUCAGGGCGGCGGGGGGGGGAUGACAGGGACGUGGUGGUCAGAUGACAUCUAGGAGUCCUGUCCUCUGCUCGUCCCUCUCUCUGUCCACACCCACAGGAAGGUCUGCUGCCUCUCCCCUGUUGUCCCCGCAGGUUUGUCUUCGCACCGUCAAACCCUCUUGCUUUCACAUUUGUGCACUCCCUUCUCCGUCGGCUCACCGGACUGGCAAACCAUUGAAUGGCGCGAUAACUUUGGACCCGACGUCCUGGAAUUGACGCCCAAACCGCCCACGGCAGAGCCGGGUCAACUGUCUGUCUGACGGGAGAGUCUAGACGGUCUCCUCCUCCUGUACAUUUGUAAAUUUCCUGUAUAUUUGCGUCUCCGUCUUGCAUCGCAGUGGCUCUGUACAUUUUGCUGUGCAAAGGCAAACGCUCAUCUCUCUCUGCAGUUUUACUUUUGUUUUUAUCUGGAUACCUUUGUCGCUCCUCUUUGACGAAAUAAAAGAAAAGUAACUAAAAUAAAAUUAAAAUAAAAGCCCGAUGGAGAUAUGUUACCGAGCUUUUUGGUUCAGUAGCUCCCCCCCCCCGAACAGGGUGACGUAGCGUAGCUGCUUGCUGCUGCAUUUAACAAAUGAAGACUGGUGUAUUAUUAAAGAGAGAGGUCACUCCUAAAAGACAGAGGUGACCGUGGUAACGUGCAGACCGCCUCCACUGGUAAACCACUAAACGGACAUUCUGUAAAAGAAAAGUGAUUUUAUUUGCAAAUACAGUAUAUGUAUUGAGUUUUAACACUAUGAUACUAAGAUUUCUUUAAACUGAAAAGAAAAAAUACUUGAUGUUGUCCAUAGAGAUAUAUUAUUAAUAUGGGGGAGCAGCUUUAAUCCUCAAGCCACAACUGAGAUGCAUGUUUUAUUUGGCAUUGUAGCUCCAGAACACAUGUAAAGCAUUGAUUCUCCCAGCUAUCCGACUGCAUUAUAAGACCCCGAACGCUGUAAUCAGAAGGUUUACCACAUCAUCGUGUGCUGCAUAAAUACAGGGGUGUGUGUGUGUUUGGCAGUGCUUAACAUUUCUCAUCCCUCUUUAUACAUUGUGACAUUGUUGGAGUAACUUUCUGUCUCCACACAUUUAUUUCCUCUUUGCUAUUUAUCCAUCGACGCAUCCCACAAGCGGAUGCAAUAAGUGAAAGGAUAUUUUUUUUAAACAAACAAAAAAAAAAGAUUGCAAAUGAAGAUUUAUAUUAUUGGUUUUUACAUAUGUGCCUAAAGUUAAAGGACGAUGUGUUUGUGUUUGCAUUUUUCAUCAGAGUUUCUAUAUUGUACCAUUGUCAGUUUUUGAUUGAACAGUCACCUCCGUGUGUUUAAAGCGCCCAGUUAAACGUUUUCCUUUUAGUGGAAUGUCUCCUUUUUUCCUUCCAUAUUCGAUCCAAAUUAAUAAUUUCCUUUAUAAUCAACUGUGUUGAUAGUGAUGAAAAAGCAAUCACCUUUUCAAUCGGCUCUGCACAAAUAAAUUAAAUUACUUACAGUAUUUACUUUAUCAUAUCUAGUUUGUAAUCUGCUGCCAUAUUACAACAAAAAGUGAGCAGAGUCAUAAAACAUUAACAUUUAUUUUUGUAAACAAAGGUGUCGGUGCUGUUCAACAACACUGACGAUGCUCAGACUUUUUUUGGGAGUUUCUGACGUUGAUGAGUGGUACCGCCUACUGCGACAUUUCUGCUGUGCCUCUGAGACCCUGAAACUGAAAAAAAAAAAAGUGUGUAAAUUUCUGUCCCAGUUCUAUGAAUUAUUCUGCAUCCACGGUUACAUUCAUCCACAGAUAUUACAUCUCAUCCUAGAUGAUCUUCCCUGCAUCACCUCUUUUAUGAUAUUGUGUUAACAACACAACGCCUGUGUGGAAACCUACUGCCGUCUCACAUGGUACAUCAAUGCCAUCAGGAUGUGUCCUCUGUCUUUAAGGAUCGUUUCUUUUAGUUUAAAAGAAUGCACUGCUGUCCAGUUCCAUCUUACCCUGUAUUGAAUGUAUGCAUCACUUGACCAGGGCAAAUGAGUGUGUGUGUGUGUGAUGGACAAAACAAAUUCACACGAUUAAAAUCAUUAAACCCUUUCCA